AUGCCCAAACAACGUCAGACCUGUACGCGAUGCUCCCAACGACGGCAGAAGUGCGAUCGAAAAGCGCCCUGCACGAGGUGUGUACAGAAUAACGAAGGCCAUCUAUGCACUACCAAGUGGGUCAAUGGAUACAACCCAAAUAUUCAUCGCAAAUACCCCAGAAAGCCCUCGGGAGCUAGUGGAAGCGAUACAUCUUCGUCUGUUCCUUCUCCCGAUGUAGAUUCUCAGGCGCUGCUACCCUUGGUUCCUCAUGCUCCACCCACGACCGAGGCUCGAUCGAGUCAAGGCCAGCCCCUUGCAGAUUCAGCAUGGCGAAACAGCUUGCCUGAGAUUAGCAUCGGUGCAAUACUGAAGGAAAAGGAUGCAGACGCGAACCAAACCCUCUUCGACAAGAGUUUCUCUUACGCCAGAUCGAAAGGACCAGUGCGAGAUGCAGCGAACGGAUCAAGCCCCCUUGCGGGUUGCUACUCCAACGCAGCGAGAAUAGUGGAGACACAGUAUCUACAGUCCAUCUUACCGUCGAAAGAUAAGCUAAUGCUAAUUGUGGAUUACUACACGGAGUACAUGGUAUACUGGAUUGGUGGCAUUUUCCAUGCGCCAAGCUUCAGAAGAAAGCUGCUCGCGACCUACGGUCAGUCGUCCGAGCUCGAUCUGCAAAGUCUCGAUUGGAAAUGGACUGCACUCUUAUUUGCUAUCCUCUCAUCCAGUAUAAUCUGCUCUGCAGAAGGUGUUUCAGCCUCCUGGGGUUACUCACUUGAUGACAAAGUCCAGCUAGCACGUGUAUGGGGUGCCGCAUCGAUCUCAUGUCUGAAUCUUGGCAACUACACGUCACAAUAUAGCAUUCACUCGGUGCAGACGAUAUAUAUCAUGCACGCAUACGAACAUCUCGUCGGCUCAACGAAUCAAUGGAUUGCUUUGCGAAGCGUCGGCGUUGUCAUUGCGAAGGGUUUGGGUUUGCACAGACUUGGUCCGCAUCCAGACGAUGAACGGAUAACGGAACUAACCCCAGAUCAAAAGGAAGCCUUUGUCGAGCGUGAGAUUGGUCGCAGAGUGUGGUACGCGGUUGUGUCCCAAGAGUGGUUGUGUUGCACUUCGCAGGCUGCCUAUACGCUGACCCUCCAAUGGCGACAUUUCACGAGCGCAAGGCCACGCAUGUUGGACGAAGAGACUAUGACGCCGCUCUCCAAUCCAGCAACCCCGACAGUCGCCGCCGUCGGGCAUUACUUCUUCGACUACGCUGCGGUACUCCUUGACGUUCAUAACACUAUGGUGGGGCUUCUAGAUAAAGACGACGCUACCAAGUACGCUGCGAUACUCAAACAUGAUGGUGAGAUGCGCGCUACAUGUACGGAGAAGGUGCCAGCAUGCCUCUCACCCCGGACGCCGUACGAUCCCAACUGGCCUCAGUGGGUGACCUGGGCGAGGAGACUGCAUCAAGCGUCCGUCAACCAUAAGAUCAUCAUGAUUCACCAAAACUUCUUGAGCAAGAGCUUCAAGGAUUUACGCUAUACAUACAGCAGGUGGGCCUGUAUGACCGCCGCACAGAACAUUAUUAACAUAUACAACGCCCGGGAUGCCAACGAGCCGCAAUGGUGGGUCGAGCAAGCUUUUGUCGUCACGGCUGGUAUUUGCAUGAUAUUGGAGCUCUUCCACCGCGCUGAGGCGGAUGGGGAAGCUCAAGAGUACCAACUGUACGUGAAGAAGGCCGUCAGGUUCUUACAGCUGUUCUACACAUCGAGUGUUGCAGUACACGGUGUCCGUCUUCUCAUGUCGCUCUUGCAGGAGUAUGAGAAGCUGAAAGAAGCAUCAAGCACAAAGACCGCACCAUCGAUGGAAACUUCAGCCUCACGACCCUGUGCUUGUGUUUCCGACAACAUUGAGGACAUCUCGAUCACGGACGCAGCCCGCGGAAGUCAUGCGUUCCCUGUGGUACCCGAUAUACAAUUGUCAUUCGACGAUGCUUUCAAUUUUGAUAUCGAUGCACUAGGCUUCGAUGAUUUGAUGGACUACCUCCCGAGUGUAGAAGGCUCGUUGGAUAACAAUGUCUUCCAUACCAGCAUGUUGUCAGCUAACGGAUGGUCGACGUGGUAG